AGUUCGCAUCGACGAUGAAGAUUCGUGGAUAAGAUUACAACACGAUCACCACCAUUACAAGAGCACCUGGCAAGAGGUACUGUCCAAGUACGGGGCAUCAGAUUGCCAAGAGGCAGUGUGGUGUGCAGGGGGGGGGGGGUAGGAGAUAGGUGCAGUUGGGGUGGGUGUCGCGACUUGAGAGACAGGACUGCACACACACAAACAGAGGUUAUGGGGCUGGGCUCGGAGCUGAGAGGAUCAGGGAGGGUGCGAGAGACGGGUAUCCUCUGCGCUGUUGGGGUGGGUGUACUCUCCAUUGGAGUUAUUGCUACAAUUCUUUCCUCGGCACUGACGAAGUCCAGUGUUCUCUGUGCGGGUGGACGAUAUGCUCAAUACUCGUCCGCGAGGGGAGUGCGGCGCCGUGGUGGUGGUGGUAUCGCCGGCGAAUCGCAAAUGGGAAGUUGGAAGGGGAUGAGGACAGUUUCUCGGCAGCAGCAUCGAGUGCCGUCAGAAUCUUCUGCAGCGAGCAAGGCGGGGAAAGCUGCCAGUGGAGGGCGUCGCAAUGCAUAUGCCACUGUUCUGUACGAGGGAACACAGCACGAUUACGAGUUCUUCGCAGCGGCGCGUGUGAUGCUUCAAACUGCGAAGAGAACAGGGACGGACGCAGAUAUGCUUGCAAUUCUGACGGAGACUUUUCCUGCGGAGUGGAUACAAACUCUCAUUGCGGAUGGCGUCCGGGUCGUGCAGCUCCCGAGCAUCAAGAAUCCCUAUGCUGGGCAAGAAUCGUCCUCGCCACGCUUUAUGCAUGCACUGAACAAGCUUCUCGCUUGGAACCUUACAGAAUACAACCGGAUCGUUCUGCUCGAUGCGGACAAUAUUAUCCUGGACAACAUGGACGAGUUGUUCCGAUGCGGAAAUUUCUGCGCGGUCUUCAUCAACCCCUGCAUAUUUCACACCGGGCUGAUGGUUCUCGAGCCGUCUCACGAAGUUUUCCGUGACAUGGUAAAAAAGCUUGACGAACUCGACUCGUUUGAUGGUGCCGACCAGGGAUUUCUGGUCUCCUACUUUCCGUCUUUGCUGGAGAGCCCGCUGUUCGUCCCGCCACAGGAGGAUGGGAAGUACCUCCAGGGCAUGUGGAGGCUCCCUAUGGGCUAUCAGAUGGACUCGGGGUAUUUCUAUCUUACGUACAAAUGGAACGUCCCAUGCUCAGCGAACAAGGUGCUGACCUAUCCGAGUGCGCCGACUUUCAAGCCCUGGUAUUGGUGGAGCUGGCCAAUUCUGCCAGUCGGGCUAUUCUGGCACGAGCAGCGCCGGGAGCUUGUCGGUUACGACCAAGAGCAUAGGUCCGCCUUGUUUGUGGCUUUGGCAUGGAUGGCGCUAUUUCUGUUCGCUUCCUCUGGUUUAGGCCGAUCUCUGAUGAGCACGCUGGAGCAGCUAAAGAAGUCGUGUUGCAGUUCGUGUGGUAGUGUCUGCUGCAAUAGGGAUGCACAGCAUGGUGGUGGGUGGGGCGGUGUUGGCGUUGGUGUCAACGCAUUUGCGCAGGACAUCAUACCAGUCUCUCUGAGGAGAAUAUUUCCUGGGAGGAGCAAUGGCUUGUUGGGGAGUCCAAACUAUGACGGCCAGGACUCGAGGAACAGCAACCUUGUGAGUGAUGGCGGGGGAAAUCCGGGUCCGACGGGGUCGCCCACAUUCCCCAGCAGUGCGAUGGGCUCUCCUGGCCAGGAGAGGAUGCAUCAAGACCACAGACAACUGCAUGAUUCAGAGCUCAGCCCUUUGAUUAGCAGACCGCUUGGAGACUCUAAGCUUCCGGCGAUCGGUGUGAACGACUCAAGCUUUCGGCUGUCGUUCGGAGGAUUGGCUCUGUUAGUCAGCCUAGCCCUUGCUCUGACGGUCCCCUUCCUGGUCGUUCCUCAUACAAUUCACCCUUGUAUUGGUUGGGCCCUUUACAUAGAGGGAUCGUUUGUGUUGCUUCAUUGUUUGAGCAUGUAUUCGGGGGUUCCCGGACGGGUCUUCGCACCAUUGUGUGUGAUCGUUGUCGGCCUCACACUUUCCGCAUUGCCGUGGUACCGAAGCGUUGUGCAGAAGGUGGUAGCCAUCAACUUAUUGUUCUUUGUACUGGGCAUUUCCAUUUUGCCCAUUCUGUCGUUUGCGUUUACGGACCCAGCACUGACUGGUGCCGCAGACAGGCCCGCCACUGGGCCCAAAGGGAUGCAGCAAUCUCUCGGAACACCGGGCGCUGUAAAAAGCAGGUGACCGUUUCCCCGCCCCACAACCUGAUGGCUCCGGUCGCUCGAUCAUUUUGGUCAGCAAAUUCAAUCUGCAUUUUGCAUUGUACUAGCGUACUCGGGUCCAUUCUAACGUACUUAGUCAUCCUAACGUACUUAGUUCAUGCGAAUGUACUUAUCUCAUCCUAACGUUCAAAGCGAUAUCCGUCUUCUCAACAUAGUGAAGGUAGGUAUUACGGUAGUGUACUACCAUAGGGUUGGUUGGAUGACUGGCUCACGUUUCUCGCUGGAUUCAAGCCCAGGUCUGUAUUCUUCCCCCCCUCUCACACCCCCCCCACCCCCCUCCCCUCCCCUUUUAUGCUUCCCCAUCAUAUAUGCUGCUAAAGUGGAUGCAAGACCAAGCAGAGGAAAUUACCUGUAAACGGAACUUGAUGGUGGGCCUCGCUCCACUGCGACACAUUCUAAAUGCAUCUGGAGCUGGAAAUGGUCGCUAUACGUUCAGCAGGUUCGAUCAGUCAGAAUGUAUUGGGUGGAUAAAUGCGGUCCAGAUACGUGUUGAAUAUUCCAGUAGUGCAGCGAGGCCCAACAUCUCUGUGUACGCGUAGCAAUCAGGAAAUUAUUUGUAACGGGCUCGAAUCUCAGUAUGUUCCGGCCGAAUUUUCGCCGCUCGUCAUCGCAAGCCGAAUUUGGGUUCCGGGAGCUCCAGCUGGGACCUCUUGGAGUUUGCUCUUGGCACUCUGCACCUGUUGGGGGCCUCGACUCGGCGCUUCAACGGGUCCGGCUGGGACCUCUGGGACCCACUCAACCCUACCUCUUGGUGUUGGACGGACUUCCUCACUACACCUCUAGACUCUCUCUCUCUCUCUCUCUCUCUCUUUUUUUUUUUUUUUUUUUUUUUUUGCACCUCUAGAUUCAGUUAUGUGGAGGGAGAAGGGGGAGAAAUAUCAUCUCUCAAAGCUCGUUUUUUUGAAGCGCACGAGAUGAGACUCUGUCAGCGUGUCAUUUGACGCCAAAUCGGUUCUGGGAGUUCCAAUUGGUACUUUUUGGAGCUUGCUGUUGGCACUCUGCAACUGUUGGUAAUCACAGCUUGUGGCGUCGUGUCAGGACCUGAGCGUCAGCUUUUCCGGCGGGAUAAGAGUGUCCGUCUGUCCUGCCUGACUGACUCAGGUUCUGUUGGAACAUUGGAACCUUCUGUGACGACUCUUUACCUUCCUUUUGGGACCACUGGAAUUCCCAUUGGGACUCUGGCACUCUGAUUUUUAAUAGCAUUGCGUGACCCCUUUUUGGUCCCACAAAGCUUAAAUUGGGACCAUGGAGCAGUUGGAACAAUUUCAGUUCCAAAUUUCAAUUCCAAUUUUAAUUCCAGUUUCAAUUCCAAUUCGAAUUCCGGUCUGUUGGGACCCCUGGACUCCCCAUUGGCACUUUUGGCACUUUUGGCACGUUUGGCACGUGACGUUGUAAGUUGCAGGAUUGCCCUUUUCAGUCCCGGGAAAUUUGAAUCGGUGCUAUGGAACAAUCAACCUGUAGAGAUUUC